AUGCGUCACUUCGAUGCUUGGGUCCUCCGCGACCCCUACUCCAUCUGGCACUACUAUGCCACUGGCCGACGGUGGCAAGAUACCGUGCGUGACCUCAUCCAAGAGCGACAGAUCUGCGCACCACACAAUGACCUCGACACCGACCACCCUCCAGUCGACUCCUACACCGAAACGAUGGCCGACCAGGCCGAAUGCGGGUUACUGCAGCGCCUACCACCCGAGAUCCGGCAGAUGAUCUGGGGAUAUGUAUUCGGGAACGACACAGUACAUCUAGUGCAGCUCAAGGGCAAAAUCCGGCAUGUGCGCUGCACACAACCCACACUAUCACUAACCCAACACCGACACUGUUGCCCGCUGACGCCGGCCCGUUGGCGCGUGUACGACGGCCGGGUGCCGGGCCACUCGGACCGACUACUGUACCCGCACACGCAUGAACAUCUCCCACAGCAGCUGAGCGACAGCGGCGCCAGCCUGCUGCGCACCUGCCGCGCCAUCUACGCCGAGACGGCCGAACUGCCGUACCGCAGCUCUGUAUUCGACGUCGACGACCUGCACACGUUCCUGGCGUUCGCCGCUGCCAUCGGCCCGCGCGGCCGCCGCGCCCUACGCCGCCUGACCGUCCAGUGGAUGCCCGUGUGGCAGCCGAUGGCGGGACAGGACCACAAGGGCUCGAUCUACGCCCACACGCACAGCGAUGCCCUCUGGGCCCGCUUCUGGGCCUGUCUCGCUGCCCUGCCGGCUCUGCAGGAGCUGCGGCUGAGCCUGGAUCUCGGCCGCUUUACGGGCACUGUUGCGGGCGGCGGCGCCGUCGUGGUUGCUGGCCAGCGCUUGCCGCUGCAUCUACAGGACCCCUGGCUUUUCCCGCUUCUCAAUGUUCGUGGUCUGCGCCACUUUGAUCUUGCUGUGACUGCCCGCUGUGAUCUUCCUGCUAAGGAUGUCAUCGAGCCUGAUCUGUGUCGCGAUGCUGCCCUGCUUCGUGACCAUCUUCGUGCUGUCAUGUGCACCCCGCGAGGUUCCCCUGUCCCGGAGCUCAAGGGUCUGGUGCUGCCCGAGUUGUGUGUGCUGGAGGAUCUGCGGUCCCAGUCUGCGCCGCCUCGGAAAGGUCCUCGGCUUGCCAUUACGGCGGCUUGA